AUAUUCAUUACAUGUUUUUUUUUUACUCACAGCCUUCAUAUAUGUACGAGUGAAAUAAUAUCACAGACGCAUUCAACUGUUGCCUUAAAUAAUGGAAUUAAAAAUGAUGAUGGAGAGGAUUAUAAUCCAUUCGAGCAUAGAAGAAUACCUCAUCCGACAUCAACGUUAGGCUCAUUUUUCCAUUUACUGAAGUCGUCGCUGGGAUCAGGGUUGCUAGCUAUGCCCGCCGCUUUCAAACAUACCGGCCUAAUACCGGGUUGCAUUGGUACAGUCUUAGUCGGAGUUAUUGCAACGCACUGCGUUCACAUAUUAGUCACAACCUCACGAGAUCUCUGUCGGGAGAUUAAAACACCUUUUCUUAAUUACGCUGACACCUGCGAGAGAGUGUUCAAACAAGGGCCAGUGAAAUUAAGACGUUAUUCAUUGCAUAUCAGGCACUUCGUUGACUACGCAAUGGCUGGAGUUUGUAUUGGAGGGACGAGUGUUUACGUGAUAUUCAUUGCAGCCUCUUUAAAAGACAUUGCAGAUCACUACGUACCUGACUACAAAUAUCCCGUUGAGGCGUACUGUGGAUUUCUACUGAUCCCAUUAAUAUUCAUUACACAAAUAAGAUAUCUAAAGUUCCUAGUUCCGUUCUCAAUAUUCGCCAAUAUCUGUUUGGUGGUUACAUUUGCAAUAACCUGUUAUUUCACUUUCACUGGUAUUACUGCAAAUACAGAUGUAGUUUUAGUGAAUAGUGUCACACAGUGGCCACUUUUUUUAAGUACAGCGAUUUUUGCGAUGGAGGGCAUCAACGUUGUCAUGCCGAUUGAGAAUGAAAUGGCGCGUCCAGACCGCUUCCUGGGCUGUCCAGGAGUACUGAAUACCACCAUGAUAUUUGUCGCCAUUUUGUAUGGGGUGACCGGCGCGUUUGGAUAUUUACGGUAUGGGAACGAGGUACAGGGAAGCGUGACACUCAAUUUGCCACAGAGAGAUACUUUGGCAAUGACAGCCAAGAUUCUAGUCGCCACAGCAGUUUUUUUCACUUACUGCCUGCAAAUGUACGCUCCGAUGGACAUUAUUUGGUCUCGAAUGCAGAUGAAAAUAAGCAAACGCUAUCAUAAUACGGGACAAAUAAUUGUAAGGACUGUCAGCGUAAUUUUAACAG